AUGUUUGGUGAUUUUACAUUACCCUAUUCAAAAAGGGUACACCAUUGUCCUAAAGCAUGGCCUGAGAGAGUUACAAGAAUUUCUAUGGUCCUCGGUCUUCAUGCUCUAAUCGAUUUCAUUUCUGUUUUAGUUAUUCCGAUUUUACUUCACGUUAAUAAGAGAUUUCAUCGUAAUAAAAUUCACGUGAACUUAUCGGAUCGUUAUCAAAUCACAGAAAAUAUAAAUUCUCUUCGUACAUUAUUACGCAUGUUCACAUUUCAUUCUCUAUUUCGAGGUCUUCACCUGGUUGCAGUGUCUAUGUUUUUUGCUUUUCGUUUGAAAUCUUCUGUCGGAAAUGCUAUUUAUCUGGAAGGUCUACAGCUAACACCAUUAUACGCAUUAACCUUACCAAUUGCUAUAGUAUGGACAGAAAAACAUGUCAGGAAAACUGCCCAGGAAAAUUGCCGGAAAGCUAUAGAAUUAAAGGGCAAUGAAGCAGCUAAUCAUUACUUUACAAUUUUUGCAGCACCAACAAGAAGAAAUGCUUAA